GAUUAAGGAAAUAUGGAAUAUAUUACUCCAAAGGCAAACUAAUUAUUGAAAAUAGAUACGAUUUCACGUUUUAAACUUUAAAUUGUGUUCAUUACUAUUGUGGAAAGUUGAGAAUCGAGCUGCCAAGAUGGAUAAAAGGAAGCUGUCAACUGCUGGAGAUAGUCUUUAUGAAAUACUCCAAGUUCCGAAAACUGCUACGGCAGAAGAUGUAAAGAAAAGUUAUCGAAAAUUAGCUUUGAAAUAUCAUCCUGAUAAAAAUCACAACAGCCCUGAAGCUUCGGAAAAAUUUAAGGAAGUCAAUCGUGCCCACACUAUAUUGAGUGACGCUACAAAAAGAAAUAUUUACGACAAUUACGGUUCGCUCGGACUUUAUAUUGCAGAACAAUUUGGAGAAGAAAACGUCAAUGCAUAUUUCGUGGUAACGAGUACCUGGUGCAAAGUAUUAUGUGCAUUUUGCACUAUCAUAACCGGUUGCUGCUGCUGCUUUUGUCUAUGCUGUUGUUGUAACUGCUGCUGUGGAAAAUGUAAACCACGUCCACCAGAAGAAUCUGGUGACUACCACACUUUGGAGCGUGAUGACUCAGAUGGUGUUCAACCAGUAACGUCGCAGCCUAGCGUAGAAGGACGUCCCACUGGUGAACAAGCUCCACCAAUUGCCAUGCCGGCGCCAUCGUCUUCUGGUGCUUCUGAGAACACCGGCUUGAACACAGGAGCGAGUGUACCAAAAUACACAUGAAGUAUUGACAAACAGCUAGUCUAACAUAUGUAAGGAAUGGAAGGAACAUAGUUUAACUUAUAUAUUCAUAAGCAUACUCGUUUAUAUUGUAUAUCUUAAUAUAGUAAUAUAUGUAUAUGUUACAAGUAUAUAAAUUAUUAAUAGUUCUUUAUUUAAAUUUGGAACUACGUGAUUAAAGUCGCUCGUCGACACUACCAAUCAUACAUCACAUUCGGGAUCUUGGUAGAUAUAAAGUUAUAUAAUUUCCUUGUCAAAUUAGAUUUGUUCUAAAACCAGUUUCUGUUACCGCCGCCUGUUUACUUCUUCCUCAGUAUUUAUUACAAACAGUUUCAGAUUGAAUACACACCCACAUUAAAAAAA